AUGGCCCAUUACGAGAGGGAAAGCCCUCAGGAAGGGCAACAGUGCCUAAGACAUUCGCAUUCCGCAUCGUCAGACCAGGGCUCCCGGGCUCUUGUGCCAAUGUGGGACAGUUCAGACCCCGAGCGCGCGCCGCCGCCGUUGCCCUUGAACCCCCAGUCACCGAGUCUGACGUCCCGAGUCGGCACUUCGAGCGCGAUCCAGUCGGCCCAUGCAGCCCUUAACGAGAAAGCCCGGGAGAGUGCUGCCCUGGUGCCUCAUGUCCCGAAACGAAUGAACGACUUCUCCCCCGAAAGGACCCCGACCGGCCACAGCAGCUCGUCACACCGACGCACGCAGACACUGCAGCCUGGUUCUGUCCGAGGCCUCAGUCUCAUGCUCGAGGGCGCUACGCAGAGUCCGACCACUUCUCCAUCAAAGUCGCCGGAGAAGUCGCUCGAAAAGUCCUACUUUCCUCACACCCGUUCCUCAACAGCGACACCAACACCUAUCCGCCACAGAGACCAAGAGAACGACCAAGAGGGGCUCUCAGAGCGAGGCUCGCCAACCAAGGAGCCCCUCAGCUUGGGACCGAUGCCGGGAUCAAGUCUGACGCCCAUCGUCCGGCCGACUGUCCGUCGACCCCCUCCGCAGAGCAUUCUUGGCGAGAACACGCCACCUCAGUCUUCUACGAUGCUGGCACUGCAGACCAUGGGUUCACAAACAUCACGGGCGGAUUCUGAGCCGCCGCUCUCCAACGUCACAAAUGGCGCCACCGCCGGGUCCAAGCAGCCUCAGAUUACAGACAAUCUGUCGGCCCAGAUUCUAAGUCUGACCAACAUUGCCACAUCUCUGCAGAAGGAGAUGUCUGCCCUGAGCCGCAGGAGCAGGGAUAAUGCGACCGAUCUUCUCAGCCUCAAGGAAGCUACUAACACGAGAGACGAGGACAUCCGGAAAAGCUUGCGAGACCUCCUCGGUAGCGUCAACGAGACGUCUCACAGGAUCACCUCCGGCCCGCAGUAUGGUGGUCUGUACCUUGACAACAAACCGCACAACAUCGCAUCACCGGGAAGCCGUGGCUUCCACCUCCCUCGAAUCCCUUCACCAAAGAGCUUCUCGGACUCCAUCGACAGAGGGUCAGUGAGCACCCCGUCUCUCGUUGGCGGCGAUGGAUCGGCUUCGAUAACCCUCCUGGAGAAAAUCAUCCGCGACAUGGGGACCAAAGAGGGUCAGGAUACCUUGAUCAGCCGGCUGGCAGAGGUAUCUACCAAGCUCUCGGGCAUGGCGACCGCGUCCAAGGUCGAGGAGCUGGUCAGUGAGAUCCAGGCCCAGGCAGAGAAUGCUGUCAUCACCCGAGGUCCCCCUAUGGGUGAUCGCGGCAGGGCGUUCAGCUACGAAGACGGAGAAUCACAGGCUGGUUUUAAUCCCGGGGCCAGCCACUUGUCGUCGCGCGUUGACGCCAUCCUCCACAACGAGGGACGACGCUCAUCUGCACCUGCUCAUGGGGCGGAGAUCCUGAAUGAGGACCUGAUCAAGAUCAUUCGCUCCGUCAAGGACAGUGUCGCUCAGGGCGGCGGCCUCACCGCGGAGGUCAAAGCCUUGGUUAGGGAGCUCCGAGGCGAGGUCUUGGGAAUGGGCCGUGAGAUUGGCAAGCGUCUGGAGCAAGUUGGCCACAGGGGCAUCGAGGAGAGCGACCAACCCAGCAAGGACGAUGUUUCGCGGGUCAUCGACGAGGGCCUGGAGCAAAUGAAGGAUCAGCUUAAUCACGUCCUUCGCGAGCACCGCCGUCAAUCGGCGCAAUCCGCCGCUACCUCGAAAAGCCUGGUCGACUACCAGGAAAUCUACAAUGCCAUGCGGGCUGCGCUCCGCGACAACGAGGCCGCCCAGAGCAACAUGCCCGAUCUGAGCAGGGAUGAUGUGAUUGAAGCUGUACGCGACGCCUGGGAGACAUACAAGCCCGAGAUUGAGGUCCAACAGCUGGGUCUGGAGCGCGACGAAGUGCUCGCUUGCCUGCAAGAGGGUCUUCGCGAGUAUGCACCGCGCGACGAGCGUCCUAGCGGAGCGACCCGUGACGAGGUGUUCACAGCCGUGGUGGAGGGCCUCCAGCACUUCACCCCUCCCCAGGUCGACACACCUGCUUCGAUGUCCAGGGAUGAGAUCAUUGAGGCAGUGAGAGACUGUCUAGAGGAGUUUGAGUUCCCGGUGGCUGCAUCGGCCAUCGGGGCACCCGAUAUCACCAAGGAGGACAUGAUCCACGCCGUCAAGGAAGGUCUGAAUGACAUGGAUAUACCCCGUGGAGGAGCUUUGGUACCAGCUGGUGGUAACAACAACGAGGAGAUUAUGAGCCGUCUCGAAGAUCUCAUCGGCUACAUCAAGCUCGAGUUCAAGGCCGUUUCUCAGGAAGCCAAAGACAAUGUGGCAGCCAACGGCCGCGACACGGAGCAGGUUCUGGAUGCCACCAAGGACGGGCUCGAGAGCUUGCGUGUGGCCAUUGAGAGCUACGUCGACCGUGCCACUGGCGGAUCCAUGCAGGAGGAAUUUCUUCAGGGCCUUGCCGGGACCAUGGAGGAUUUCAAAGAUGACAUCUCGCACCUACUCAACCAGAGUGCGGAUGGCUCGCGCGAGCAGCUGCAAACGGAGCUUGAAGGCCUGCGUGAGAUUGUCAACUCGUCCAUGGUGCCAGCCACGCCCCAGCAACAAGGCAACAACCAGGAGAUUCUGGAUGCACUCAGCAGCGCCGCGAACAGUCUCCGCCAGGAGAUCCUCCGCCCUCGAUCCGAGACUGCUGAGAUCCUGGACGCCCUCAAUGAUGGUCUAAACGAGCUCAAGGCUGGCAUCGACAGAAUGAGCCACAAGCCUGCCGAUUUGACCGCUAAUGACGAGAUUCUUGAUGCCCUCAAGUCUGGCCUCGACUCUGUGCGCUCUGACAUUGAGACCAUCCGCGAGAACAAUAACGACCAGGCGCUUGCUGCGGUUGCCACCGUUCGGGACACGCCAUCCAUGGACCAGGCCAUGAUUCCUGCCGACAUGGUGAAGCAGGACGACAUCAAGAACCUCGAGGUUCUCAUCACACAGUUGCGCAUCAAGCUCGAAGCAAUGGAGCCGGAGGAGAAGGAGGAGUCAGUCCAGAAGGCUGACCUCACGCGCCUUGAAGACAUGCUGCGCAACGUCCAGCAGGGUGUUGAGGAGAUCAGCACCCGGGAGACAUCGGCAGUGGUGCCCAAGGCAGCGACUGUGGAGGACGACGAAACCCACGAUGCGCCACGUGCCGCCAACGGUGAUGCAGCGACCAAGGACGACGUGGAAGCGAUCGAGACGAUUCUGCGCAACACCAAGGCACGUCUGGACGAUCUCAUGGACGGUGACCAAGCUGUCCGCAAGGACCAUCUCGACACUGUCGAGACGCUGAUCCUGGAGACACGGGAGACUAUGUCAGCCAUGGCCGUCCAGCUCGACGUCGUCUCUCGCAAGGAGGACUUGACCACCCUGGAAGCCUUGAUUACGCAAAUCAAGACGGACUUUGAGGAAGUCAAGGAGAAGUCUGAGAAGGUCGAGGAGGACACGGACAAGGUCUCCAAGACCGACGUGGAGGCCGUGGAGACUGUCGUGCUCGAGAUCAAGAACAUCCUGGAUGUAUUCCAGGGUGUCGAUUUUAACAACAUGCCGCAGAAAGAGGACCUUGCCGGCAUCGAGACUGCCGUCCGGGAGGCUCAGGAGAAGAUUGAGAGCUUCAAAGAGUCGUCGACCGCUCUGGUCGAGGCAAAGGACGUUGAACUCAACAGUGUCGGAGACAGGGUCACCGAAGUCAAGACCUUCCUCGAGACGUUCCAGGAGACGCUCACAAGCAAGCUUGAGGACGGCAACACGGGCGUCGAGGCGCUAGGCAAGCUCCUAGAGACCAUGGGCGAGAAGAUUGACAAGAAUGAAAACAUUGGUACCGACCUCAAGGACAUGUUCGACACGAUGAAGACCGAGUUUGAGGAUUCCAAAGCCGUUGUGGCGGGCGCCCGGCUUGAGUCAGACGAGAAGCUGCAGGUGACGACCGAGGGACUCCAAGCCAAGAUUGACGAGAAGAUUACCGAAUUGGUGACCAAGUACGACGAGUUCAUGACGGGCUUUGACGAGAAGAUGGCGGUGGGUGAGAAGCGCAGCCUGGAGACGGAGGAGGCUGUCGUCGGCACAAAAGCGGUGGCGGACGAUCUGAAGCUCCUCGUGGACACGCUCGGCUCGUCUGUGACCGAGUCCUUGGAGAAGAUGGAGGAGGCGUCACAGAUCGUCUUUGGCAAGGUGGAGGAGAUGGUCAGCAAGGGCGGCGAGCAGCACGAAGAGGGCAAGGCGGAGCACCAACAGACGCGCGACCAGCUGCAAGAAGCCGUCACUCUUGUGGAGGGUCUCAAGACGGAGGUGACGGACCAGAACCCCAAGGUUCUCGAGGCGAUCCAGGAAGUGCUGGCCCUUGUUGGUCAGCAUUACGAGCACUCCAAGACAUCGACGACCGACAUUCAGGAGAAGAUUGUGGAGGCCAAGCCUGAGAUGCCCCUUCUGCCGCCUCCGCCUGAGAAGUACGACGAUACCGCGGUCCUGUCCAAGCUGGACUGCCUCGUAGAGUCCAGGUACGAUGACACCGAGCUCCGUCAGAAGCUGGAUGUCAUUGCCGAGCUCAAGUAUGACGACACGGAGCUGCGCGAGAAGCUGGACCAGAUUAUCGAGGCCAAGUACGACGACAGCGAGCUUCGCGAGAAGCUUAAUCAGAUCAUUGAGGCUAGGUAUGACGACAGCGAGCUCCGCGAGAUGCUGGACCAGCUUGUCGAGGGCAGAUACGACGACACGGAGGUGCGUGGCAAGCUGGACCAGAUCAUUGAGGGCAAGUACGACGAUGCAGAGCUCCGCGAGAAGCUGGACCAGCUUGUCGAGGGCAAAUACGACGACACUGAGCUCCGUGGCAAGCUUGAUCAGCUGAUUGAGGGCAAGUACGACGAUAGCGAGCUCCGUGAGAAGCUCGACAAUCUUGUCGAAUCCAAGUACGAUGACGCUGUCGUGCGGGAGAAGCUUGACCAGCUCGUCGAGGCCAGGUAUGACGAUACCGUCGUCCACGAAAAGCUGGACAAGCUCGUCACGUACAGCGACUCGACACAGCAGGCCUUCACGCAGCUCGAGACGCUGGACAAGGUACACGAGGCUGUUGCCAGGACAGCGGCCGACAUUGCUGCCUUUCUCAGCAUCCAGACCCAACGGAUUACCGACGAGCACGAGGACCGCGAAAAGACGCUGCAGGACACCAUUGUCUCGCUCGAGCGAAAGCGAGGCGAGCAUGACCAUCUUGAGGCAUCGGUACGCAGCCUCCGGGAUGAGGAGGAGAGAUUGCGCAACAACGUCGUGACACUGCGCACGGAACAGGAGAGCCUAAUAAGACAGAAGACCCGCCUAACGGGUGAUGUGUCGUCGCUGGAGACGGCGCUGCAACUGCGCAAGGAGGAGCUGUUUGAGGUGGAGGCCCGAGGCGAGCGUCUGGAGAGGCGGAUAAUGGAGAGCGUCAUGGACCAGUCACGGGUGCUCCUCAUGUCCAAGGCGACCAAGAACAGCACGGACUCGAUGAACAGGAAGCGCGUCAAGAAGCCGGCGGCGGCAGCAGAGGGGACGCCGACUGCGAAGCCGUCGCCCAAGCCGGUGCUGAACAUGGCAUUGUCGGGCAAGCGGAACCUCGCGCCGGCAGGCCAGACGGGGGCGUCGCGCCGCAUCGCCUCUCUGGGGCAGAUCAACAGCAAUGUGUCCUCUGGCGGUGUCAAGAGGAGUCAGAGUGUGAGGACACCCGCUGGUGGUGUGGGCGGUGCCAAGUCGUAUCGCAAGCGCAGCUGGGGCGGUGACGUGGUCCCUGCCGAGGCCGACAAGGAGAACCUGGGCGUCAAGGAGACGGUUGUGGAAGUGGACGAGGGCGAGACGCCCGGCUUGCUUAGCAACCCGGCGACCGAGUCGGCCCUGAGCGAGGAGGUGGCCACGGACGACCAGAGCGACGCGGGGACGUUGCGACGCAGCAGUUACAUGACGGGCAGCACGGACCUGUACACGGGCUCCGAGUAUGAUGACACGGCGAGUGAAUGGACGGCGAGCGUCGUGGGCAGCUCUGUAGCGGCGACAGACUUGGGGGAGAGUGAGCCUGGUGCGGGUGACAUGGUGGUAUAUGGGCAGUAG